AGCUUUGCUCAAUAUACGCCCUGCCUUUCGUAGCGAUAGCUGGACCUGGUAGGUUAUAGUAUUGUUAUGAUUUUUGGUGUUUAUCAGUGUACAAUUCAAACUAUAUUUGUACGAUAUCAAGUGUGUUUUAAAUGAUAAGCAGAGUAAGUGAAACUUUAAUAAUUCAAGAACAGUCGCAAAUGGAACGAAAAUUACCGUGAAUGCAAGAAACUUAUUGGAUGCACGCAAGGAAUCUCUCAAAAAAUGAAAACAUCAUUCGACAAACUUAUAUAGAGCUGAAGGGAUAUCUUACAAAUGGCGCUGGACUCGCUGAAAGUGAUGAACUGGAAUGCCCGUUCCGUUGGCAAAAGAAAAGACGAAUUAACCGAAUUCCUAAAAUCAAACUGCAUCGAUGUAGCCGUCAUCACGGAAACUCACCUCAAACCAGAAACGAGAUUCUCAAUUCCUGGGUUUCAUAUAGUACGACAAGAUCGUACUGAGCGUGGAGGUGGCGUUGCUAUACUGGUCCGCAAAGGCAUACAAUUCCUGGAAAUCAACCUAGGCACAGUCGUUAUCGAAUCCGUAGGCGUUGAAUUGGCGUUAUCAAACGAAAAGCUGACCAUCUACGCCGCUUACUGCCCUCGACAGUGCAAUGGCCAAUCUGCACAGCAGUUUAAACCCGAUUUGCUCAAGUUGACCAAGUCAACGAGCAAAUUCAUCGUAUGCGGGGAUCUGAAUACCCGACACAAAAUGUGGCGUGAUGAUGCGAACAACAAAAAUGCGAAACUGGUUUUGGAAGUUUUGCGUCAAAAUGGCAGUCAAAAAUACACUGUUAACUACCCGGAGCGUCCAACAUACGUUGGAUCGAAUCGAAAGGCGUCAUACUUGGACAUUUGCUUGGCAAACUUUGUCGUGAGUAAACCGACUGUAAUUCAGAAACUGAGCUCGGAUCACUAUCCGGUGAUCUACGAAAUUGGAUCGGGAUCGUGUGACGAGACUUGUGUUCAAAAAGAAAGCAUCAUUAAAACGGAAAGCUGUUUAAAGUAUGCGUCACAUCUUAAGUCAGCCCUGGAAUCUAUCAAAGACACGAACUUAGCUCUAGAGGUAUUAUGCCAAGCAAUCGAGACCAUUGCGCCCUCCCUUGUUGAAGAAAUUGCAGUUGAAGCUCGUAAAAUUAUCCUCAAGAUGUCGGUAAAACACCUUGACCCUAUCAAGGAGGAACCCCGUGGAGAUAAUGAUGUACAAAGUAAAACCAGCUUAUCGGAAAUGCCCGGAACAGCAAAUCUACAACCAGAUCAAAAGCUGAUACUGUCAACUUUCUUAAAAGCCUUGCAUCCAUCACUGGUGAUUUUUUCCGAGAAAUGCUCCGCUGAAAUGGCCCACGGACAUCUAAUCAACAAUCUGAGGCAGUCCCUAGCGAAAUAUCGCGCAUGGUCACCGACCGAGGCACUAUUCACACUACGUCAAGUUCUGCAAAAAUGUCGGGAAUUCGAUGUACCAACACACCAUCUGUUCAUCAGUUUGAAAUCGUCUUACGCAACGAUAGAUCGGGAUCGACUGUGGAAAAAGAUUCAGGAAAGCUAUCGUUGGCCGGAAAGCCUUUUUCAGUUGCUUAGAGGGGUGGUGGAUACUACGAAUCCUGAUUCACGAGUCGGACUACAGCAAGGGCAUCCGUUAUCCAGUGUGAUCAUGACCUUAGCACUGGAUGUAGUUAUCCAAGCAACAGAAAUCAAGGCAAGUGGAACGAUUUUUGAGAAAUCAUUUCAGUGCAUUUGCUUCGCAGAUGACCUGGAUUUGAUUACCAAGAACUCCACAGAACUUGAACAGGUCUAUACGAAACUGAAGGCGGAGGCCAAGAAAAUUGGAUUAGUUUUCGACACAAGAGAUACGAAGUACAUGCAAGCAGGAUUUUCAAAGAACUCUUCUGCUAAAACAAAAAUUACACUUGACGGCGAUGAGUUCGAAGUCGUUGAGAAGUUCGAGUUUCUAAAGUCUACAUUUACCUCUGAUAAUGACCUGGAAAAGGAGAUAGACUAUCGAAUCGAACCUGGAAUAACUUUCCUGAAAAAACUCGAUGAAGCACAGAAGCCCAUCGACAUGGAAGACGUUUAUAGGUCUCAAAUAAGGCCGGAAGUUCUCUAUGGUCACGAAACGUGGAUCCUCAACAAAACAGGCUCCGUGUUGAAAAAACUACAAGAAUUCGAGUGUGAAGUUCUGCGAACGAUCUACGGUAAACAGCGCACCGAAGACGGAAAAUCCUAUGAAGAUACGUACCCUAACCUGCUGCAUCGGUUCGGGGACCUUGGAAUUGAGCAUACCGUGAAAGUUGGCCGACUUCGAUGGGUUGGACGGGUCAAGCAAAUGGGCAAAGAUUGCCCUGCGAGAAUCGUUCUGGACAGUGAGCCGCAAGUCACACGACCGAAGAGGCGACCACCUACACGCUGGAUCGAGUGUGUGGUGCAAGAUUUGAGGAAUGUGAAAUGCUAUACCGACUGGCAGGCUAAGGUGCAUUAUCCGGAGCAGUGGAACCGGUUGGUCGACAAAGCUCACGACUUGUGGUUGAAGAGGAUAAUGAAGAAAAAGGGCACGGUUUAUAUACAUUCUGAAGAUUAAGUGAAGACUAUAAAGUGAACUGUUGUGAUAUAUAUAUUUUUGGUUGGCUGUGAUUCAAAAUUAGAUUGCAAUACAGGAUAUAUGGGAUACAUAGAAAACAAAAUUCGGUUAAAAUUCAGGCCAAACAUGUCUAAAGGUCCUAUCUGCAGAAGAGAGGCUCUCUUUGAUUUGCCUCACUUUCGUUAAUAUCUCAGCUGUUUAUUUGAAUUAUGAUUGUCUCCUUGCAUAGAAAGAUGGUCAAAACAAUCGUUUUUUGAUUUGUACUGCAAAAGUAGAUGAAAAGUGUACCAUUAAUUUGCAAUAAUUGAAAGAGAAAGUGAAUAAAGAGAGUCUCUCAAAAGCAGAUAGGACCUAUUGAAAUGUUUGGCCUGAAUUGUUGAAAUCAUAGAAAAACUUAAGACUAUUAUAUACUUGUGCCAAAGGUAUUUACACAGCAUUGCAUUUACCUAAAUGUGAUUUUUAGCAAAGAGUAUUUGUUUAGAAAGUUUAUGUUGUCUAGUGUAGGAAGGCAUACAAUUACUACUAAUUUUACUAAGUCUUAUUAAUAAAUAACAGAGAGGGUUUUAUUUAAACGGUUAUGAUUCAUUUUAUGCAAUGUAAAAUUAAAUCAAAAUAUAGAUAAAAAUUACAAAAAGGAA